AGGAAGUACUGUGUUUCCUCUGCAAUCUCUCGUUGGAAUUGUGCACGAAUCUCUGAGGGAGUGUCCGUCAAAAAUCAGGCAUUACGGUCGUUUAUUCACCAAUUUUUACACAACAUGUCAAAAAACACUGGAAGGACACAGUUUCGCAAGGUGGACGUCGAUGAGUACGACGAAAACAACUACCAAGAUGAACAGACAGAUGAGGAAGGGAAGGGACCGGACGAAGCUGAAGUGCAGAGCUUCCUGAACCAAAAGAACUAUGAAGAAGCUUUGAAAGCAGUAUUGAGGAAUCCUCCGCUAGGAUCCAAGAACCCUGCUGUAAAGGAUAAAGCCUUUCAGCUUGUCAUGAGAGUUCUAACUGCCUUCAAGACCAAUGACGUUGAGAAAGCAGUCAACGGCCUUGAUCCUGAUACCAUUGAUGUCCUGAUGAAGUUCAUCUACAAGGGCUUCUCCUAUCCUACUGAAAACAGUAGCGCUAUCUUACUGACAUGGCAUGAAAAAGCUUAUGCCGUCGGAGGCCUUGGAUCCAUUGUGCGUGUUUUGACCGACCGGAAAACAGUUUGAACAAUUUGUAGAUAAAAGCAAGCUUCUGGGUGUAAAUGAGACAGGUGAUUGAUGCAUAUUUACGUACGAAUUAGAUAAUGUUGGAGAACCUUACAAUAUGAGAGAUGGGAGAGAGUUUUUAAGAUAAAUUGUAAAUGUCAGAUGUGGUGAGAAAUUCGUUUCCAAAAUCAUGGUGAAAUGUUUGUCACAAAAGACACCAUUCCAAAAGUACAGGGUGAGUAAAAAAAACCCAUAACUUAAAUGUCCGAACAGUUGUUUUAGUGAAGUUUUGCAAGUAGCACUUUCGAAAUGUAGGA